AAUCUAAUGGACGGGACGCUUCUUCAAACAACGCCAGCGAGUUAUUCACCUCGGUAGCUUUCUAGCCAACAUAGCAGAUCUUUAAAAGCUUUCGUUGUAUAUUAGCGACUGUGUUUUAAACACACUUGUCGUAUCUACUAGCUAGUUACACCAUUUCAUUAAAUAUCUACGUUGUUUUUAGUCAGCUAGCUAGCUGGGUAAAUUAGCAGUAGUGCUAGUCUUGUCACUAACUAACUAACUAGCUAGCUGACUAGCUAACAUCCCAACCAUGAGCUCACGAAACGACUCCCCCACUUCUAAAGAGGAGGUCUGCUGGACGGAGAAAGACACUCUGGGGCUGAACAUUGUCGUGAAAGAGGAGAAGGAAGAAGAGGAUGUCACCGUAAAACAAGAAACAGAGGUUGAGGCUGUUACAGUGAAAGAAGAUGAAGACGCGUUCAGAGUGAAAGAGGAGGAGGAUGUUACAGUAAAAGAGGAGGAAGAGAAAGAGGGGGAGGAGGGGGAGAUGACUGCCACAGUGAAAGAAGAGGAAGACGUUUUUGGAAUGAAGGAAUUGGGGGAGAUUACUGUCACAUUGGAAGAAGAAGAGGAGACAGGAGAUCUGAUUAACAACAGAGAGAGACCAGUCUGUCACUCUGACAGCAGUAAGAGUCCUUCAGAGGAACCAGACCCGGAGACUCCCAAACCAGUGAGACGACUCGACUGCUCCAAGUGUAAUAAGAGUUUUAAGUUGUCAUUGAACCUAAAAAAGCAUGAGAGGGCACACACAGGACACAAGCCUUUCCACUGCUCCCAGUGUGGAAAGAGAUUUUCACGAUCACAGAACCUAAAAAAACAUAGUAGAAUACACACAGGAGAAAAGCCUUACCACUGCUCCCACUGUGGAAAGAAUUUUAGGUUGUUGGAUAAGCUGAAGGAGCACGAGAGGACGCACACAGGGGAGAAACCCUACCAUUGCUCCGUGUGUGGAAAAGGUUUUGCCCAGUUAGCUUACCAAAAAGAGCAUGAAAGGAAACACACAGAAGAAAAGCCUUUCCAAUGUUCCCAGUGUGGAAAGAGAUUUUCCCGAUCACAGAACCUAAAAAUGCAUCAGAGGACACACACAAGGGAGAAAACGUAUCUCUGUUCCCAGUGUGGAAAGUGUUUUACUCAUUUAUGGAGCCUGAACAAACAUAAUAGAAUGCACACAGGAGAAAAACCUUACCGCUGUUCCCAUUGUGGACAGAGUUUUAGGUUGUUAGGUAACCUAAAAGAGCAUGAAAGGAAACACACAGGAGAAAAGCCUUUCCAAUGUUCCCAUUGUGGAAAGAGAUUUACACGAGCACAGCAGCUAAAAUCACAUGAGAGGACACACACAGGGGAGAAACCAUACCACUGCUCCCAGUGUGAAAAAAGUUUUACGCAGUUAGCGAGCCUGAACACUCAUAAGAGAAUACACACAGGAGAAACGCCUUACCCCUGUGCCCUAUGUGAAAAGAGAUUUUCAAGACCACAGGAACUAAAAUCACACGAGAGGACACACACAGGGGAGAAACCAUACCACUGCUCCCAGUGUAAAAAGAGUUUUUCGCUGUUAGGGAGCCUGAACAAACAUAAUAGAAUCCACACCGGAGAAAAGCCUUACCACUGUGCCCAUUGCGGAAAGACAUUUUCACGAUCACAGGACCUAAAAUCACAUGAGAGGACACACACAGGAGAAAAGCCUUACCCCUGUCCCCAUUGUGGAAAGAGAUUUUCACGAUCACAGGAACUAAAAUCACAUGAGAGGACACACACCGGGGAGAAACCUUAUCAUUGCGCCCUGUGUGGAAAGGAUUUUUCCCAUUUAGGGAGCCUGAACAAACAUAAGAAGACAAUGCACUCUUGAGUGAAGCCUUACCCAUGUUCCCAUUCCCAGGCUGUGUUCUGAUGAGUCACAGUGUUCUGAUGAGUCACUGUGUUCUGAUGAGUCACUGUGUUCUGAUGAGUCACAGUGUUCUGAUGAGUCACUGUGUUCUGAUGAGUCACCGUGUUCUGAUGAGUCACUGUGUUCUGAUGAGUCACAGUGUUCUGACUGAUGUUUGACUGUUGUUUUAUGCCACAUUAAAUCAUAUUGUUGAUAUUAAAUCGUUCUCUAGAAUAGACCUGUUUUAGUGUCUGAGACAGGAUUAUGUCUAAAAUCAGAUUAUAAUUUUAAAAUGUUUUUUUGUUGUUUUGAUUCUACACUUUGAUAGAUUGGAUACAUGUUAGAACCCUUAGAUGUUAUUAAUGACAUGAUUUAGAUAUUUUAAAAUGUAAAUUGGAUGAAUAUUGUGUGUAUUUCUUGAUUCUGACCUUGAAACCUCGAGAAACGUAGUUGUUUUUGGUUUCGAUUGAGUUAAUUUGUGUUCUAGUCUCCAAGCUAAAGAUGUGAUGAUGUUGUUAACACGAAGAACAUUCACGACCUCUUGAAUGUUCCCAACAGUCCACUGUGUUAGAGAAAAUACAGGUGCUGAUUGUAAAACACAUUUGAUUAAUGCAACAUUUUUAUCUGAAUGAAAGGAACAAUGAAUAUGUAUUAAUUCUGUUGGACAUUCACUAUAAAACAAUAAAAAGUCAACAAUAAUAAUAA